ACGGACAACUGGGCUAUGGGCUUUCUGAUUGGUCAGGAUUUGACAGAGAACCAAUUUCCACCAAUGACAUACGACUGUGUGCUGAAAGCCUGUGAUGAGAAAAUUGCAGUCACUCUUCCUGUUUGGAAUCAAACCAGGAAAUACAAGGCAUGUAACUCGGGACGUCGAAGUUGUUUUGUUUUGUGGGAUAGUCGUCAGUGUAUUUCUUAUUUCUCUUCUAAAAUCACGCAUACCAAAAAUGGCCUCUUUGUUCAAGAAAAAGACAGUGGACGAUGUCAUCAAGGAGCAAAACAAGGAGCUCAGGGGAACCCAGAGGCAGAUCGCCCGGGACCGAACUGCCUUGGAGAGACAAGAGAAACAGAUGGAGAUGGAGAUUAAGAAGAUGGCGAAGGCGGGCAACAAGGACGCGUGUAAGAUCCUGGCCAAGCAGCUGGUGCAGCUGAGGAAGCAGAAGAACCGCACCUACGCCGUCAGCUCCAAGGUCACCUCCAUGUCCACGCAGACCAAGCUCAUGAACUCCCAGAUGAAGAUGGCCGGCGCCAUGGCCAAAACCACUAAGACGAUGCAGGCGGUCAAUAAGAAGAUGGAUCCCCAGAAGACCCUCCAGACGAUGCAGAACUUCCAGAAGGAGACGGCCAAGAUGGAGAUGACCGAGGACAUGAUCAACGACACUCUGGACGAGCUCUUUGAAGACUCGGACGACGAGGAGGAAUCCCAAAACAUUGUCUCGCAGGUGCUGGAUGAAAUCGGCAUCGAGAUCUCAGGAAAGAUGGCCGGUGCCCCCUCAACAAGCCGGAACAACCCCAGUGCCUCCUCCUCCAAAGCAAAAGCAGAUACCAUCUCAGAUGACGAGAUCGAGAGACAACUCAAGGCCUUGGGAGUGGACUAAAGACAGAGACUCUUUCUACACACACACACACACACACACACACACACACACACACACACACACAC